AUGGUUGCCAAAUGUCCAUCUACCGAAGAAGAGGCUAUAACUACAUAUAGGACAAAUAAUUCAAAAAAUAAGCGAAAGCUAGUGGAGAUCUUAUCUCAGUUUAACGCGACUUCUAAGGAACAACAUCAAAAAUUUUAUAAAGAAGCUUGGAUGGGAGAAAAGGAGAAAGAACGUAAUGUUAAUAUAAUUCAAGAGAAUAUAGAAUUUAUAUUAAGUGGAUGUAGAGUUAAGCUAGAAAAUAGUUGCUCGGAAGCUACUAUGGUCGCAUAUACUGAAAUUGUUUGUCAUUUGGAACGCUUAGAUCCAGCAAUGAUUAAACCAGAAGUUCCUUUAGCAUCUGCCUUUCCACAAGGAGAAAUGUCUAUUGAAUCCAGACGUAUACUGAUGGCGGUUUUUGACUUGUUAGAAGGAUUUUUGAGACCAUUAUUAACGGAAGAUGAUUACAGCGAGAACUCAUAUGUAAUUCAUGCUGUAUCAAAG